GCCUCCUAUUUAUUUUGAUAUUUGCUAUAUAAAGUUCCUAAUUAUUGAUUUGAAUGAAGAGUCUUCCCAAGUUCAUUUGAACUCAACACAGAAGGAGAUAUAGUUUAAUAUGUGCUGGCUAUUACUGUAUGCGAUCGCUUUACAAGAAACACACGCCCAAGAAGAAUGCCCAUCUGCUAAGGCGAUGUUUUGCACGACCAAAAUGGACAUUACUCUAAAAUCUGCUUUUGUAAAAUCAUACAAGCCAUUUCUUUGUGACGCUGAGACCGACGGCGGGAGGUGGAUUGUCAUUCAGAGGCGUGUCCACAAAGACACAAGCUUCAACAGAAAUUGGACUGAUUACAAGAACGGUUUCGGAACAACUUGUACAGACUACUGGCUGGGUAACGACCUGAUUCACGAGAUCACAGCUCUGAAUCAGUUCGAAUUGAGGUUUGACAUGACAUACAAAGGAAAUGCCUAUUACGCUACGUACAAAAACUUUAAAGUGGGCAACGAAGCCAGCAAGUAUAUAAUGACUAUUGGUGAAUUUACCGGAAAUGUAUCCAACAAUUUUAUUACCCAGAAUAGCUCGAUGUUCAGUACCCCAGACAGGGACAAUGAUGCAGCAUCAGGAAACUGCGCCGGUGGCUACCAGGCAGGCUGGUGGUACAAGGCGUGCCACAUGACGAAUCUGAAUGGUCACUUUGAUACAUCUGUGAUGGGAAAGGGCGUCAUCUGGUAUUCUGUAACCACGGACUAUGACUCCCUGUCGUCUGUUGAGAUGAAGAUCAGAAAGAUGUCGUAAAACUGGGGCGGGGGGGGAGGGGGGCUAGUGGUGUCUCUCUUACGUAUGACAUUCAAUAUGGACGAAAAUCAGAGAAAUUAACUCUUUAUUUCCUAAUCGACGAUACCAUCGUUGAUUUCGACCUCAUUAAAUUAAAUUAAUGUUUAAUUUUAUAAACUUGACUUUGUGUUAUAUAAAAAGAGCAUGCAUUUCCCUUUAAUUCUAUACCAAAUACAAACAUUUUCUGAUAACAAACAAGAAAGCUAUCGAAGCCCAAUCAUAACAGGGGUAGUGAAAUAGUAAUGAGCAAAUGAAGAAUUCCUUCAAAACAUGGAAAAAUAAUUGCGGAGAGAAAGAGUUAACUUCAUGAUUUUUAUUUUUUUCUAUAUCACUCUCUUGCAUCAUUUAGUCCUUAUUGAGAAUAAAAUGAAAACAAAAAAUUGUUUUAAAAAAAAUUUGAAAAAAAAAAGUUUUGUGCAAACAUUGGC